ACCAACACUACUAACACCACGCUCUUUUAUUCUCAGACGACCAUCACCACCACCACCACCACCACCACUACCAUGUUGCGUCCCGCCCUCCUUCUCUUGCCGCUAUUCGCAGUUGGGCUCGCAAACUUCCGCUGGUCCUUUCCUAUUAACUACGAGGACCUUCUGAUUAACCCCCUGGUGACCUCCUUCAGCUGCGACAACCGCGCCUACGGAUAUUAUGCGGACGUGGACAACGGCUGCCAGAUUUACCACGUAUGUAUGCCUCUCUUUGACGCCACGGGAGAACACAAGCACACUUAUAUGUUCUCCUUCAUCUGCGGCAACCAGACGAUCUUCAGCCAGGAUAUCCUAGCGUGCGCCAGUCCUGCAGAGGCGUACCCGUGCGAGGACGCGCCCUCCCUCUUCGACUUCGUUAACGCUGAGUUCGGAAAGCUGCUGGAAAUUGAGGAGGAUGCUUAGUUCGCUUCCCCGGUGUGUGUCAGCAGUGGUUUGUUGAGGUUUUCACGUCUGGUCUUCGUGGAGGUUUCGUAACUGUCUCUACUGGAAGUUACUGUGUUUUUUCAAGGGUGUUUCUGGGUAAUGUGCAUGUUAUUGGGAUUUUUCCAUGGUGAUUUAGGUUCAACUGUGAGGUACUGAUAGCUUUCAAGGGUGUUUUUGGGUAAUGUGUGUGUUACUGUGGUUUUCAAAGACGUUUCAGGCUGACAUGAAAGUUAUUAAGGUUUUCAAGAGUGUUUUUUAUGAUUCCAGUGAUGGUUCACUAAAGAUAAUGUAUUAUGAAUGGGAGAAAAGCACCCAUAAUAACGUACCUAAUCUCUGUGGCCUUCGCAAACCACAUUAAUCAGAAAGCAAUGCGUUUUAGAUCAUGGACCAUAUGUAUUUGUAAUUAAUUUGUGAUCUAUUGUGAAUGUUGUGGUCUGCUUGUGUCUGUUUCAUCUGUCCCUGGUAUGUACUGCAGUCUGAUAAAUUUUCCU